AAUUUAAUGAAAACUUUCAAGAUUUCUAAAUCGAAGUCCCCUCUUCGAGAGUAUUUUUCUUGCCUCCCUUCUUCCAAAUUACUAAUCUGACUUCUUUCAAAUCCUAAAUCCCCAAAAUUGAUCUCUGCAUCCGUCGAUUUCCUCGAUUUCGUCUCCGAAUCAGCUGUUUAGGUUGUUGUUCAGCAGAAUAAGCUGAGGCAUAUUAAGAGCUUUACUGGUUGAGGAUAAAAGCAUUGUUUGGAGCUUCAUUCUGAGAGUACCUAUAGCUGAUGGCACAGAGAGCUUGUUUGAAACGUCUCCAGAAGGAGUAUCAUGCACUUUGCAAGGAACCAGUUCCACAGGUUGUAGCUCACCCUUCGCCUAGUGAUAUCCUCGAAUGGCAUUAUGUCCUUGAAGGAAGUGAAGGAACUCCUUUUGCAGGUGGAUAUUACUAUGGAAAGAUCAAAUUUCCUUCUGAAUAUCCAUACAAGCCUCCAAGUAUCAGCAUGAUCACACCAAAUGGAAGAUUUGCACCUCACAAGAAGAUUUGCUUAUCUAUGAGUGACUUUCACCCUGAGACUUGGAAUCCAAUAUGGUCUGUGUCAAGCAUUCUUACGGGCCUUUUAUCUUUUAUGAUGGAUGAUGGACCAACUACUGGCAGCAUCAGAACCACAGAUGAUGAGAAGCGGCGACUGGCAAAGCUGUCACUCGCGUAUAAUUGCGAGAGCAGCAAAAACUGCCCCAAUUUCAAAAAGCUAUUCCCAGAAUAUGUAGAGAAGUACGAGAAGCUGCGUGCUCCUGAGCAAUCAACAUCCGAGCAAACAACAAACAGAGAGCAAUCCAGCCCUCCGUCCACCACACUCGAAAGAGCCCCAGCCUUGGAAGGCACCGAUAUGGUGAUCGAAGACAACGGAAGAAACGGAAGGCAAACCAAGAGCGUCCCGUUCUGGCUACUAAUGGUGCUGCUAUCGGUCUUUGGUGCUGUAAUGGCUUUGCCUCUCCUUCAAAUGUGACCCAAAACAAAUGUAUUGCUUCUGAUGGAAUAUUAGUACUUUGGUACUUGAUAUUGAAGACAUUUUUCGUCCUAAUUUUUGUGGAGUUUACUGAGUUUUGUAUAGAGGUUUUAAAUGCUGAGACGCGGUUGAAGUAUUUUCUUCAUCCUCACAAUUCCUGCUAAUUUCUUCUUCUUCUUCCA